UUAUCAGCUUGAUACAGUCCGCGCACGGACGUCGAAAUAAUAUUAUCGUGCGUGAAUAUCAUAAAUACUGUUUUAAAGCUCUAACAGCUUUUCUUUUUUCUUCUUUUCUUUUCAUCCCUUUUUUAUUUUUCUCUAUAAAUUCUACACUAUCUUCUCUUUAAAAUAUACAAAAACGUAAUUGUACAAAUUAUUCCAGUUUUAUAAAUUCACAAACAAUCUUCAUUCUAAAAAAAUCUUGCCAUUUUUUUUUCUUUCCACUCUGAAUUUUAUUUUGUCCAACGAAAAAAAAAUGACAUCAAUAAUAUACGAAAUUUUCUGAAGGUGAUAUUGUUUUUCAAAAUGCGUAUUUAAAAAUAUCAAAUGACAAAAAAUUGUCGACAACAAACAUCAUCAAUUAAAGAAGCAAGGAAUCAUAAUCUUCAUAUUAAAAAAAAUUUUGUACAAGAAAAUCAAGAAAAAUGUCUAGCCGAGAAAAACCACCCCCAGGAUUGACAAUUGAUCGGGCUGCAUUUCUUUUAUUGCGAGUUAAAAGAGCAUUUAAAAAAAAGAAACAACAACGAAAAGAUAAAAACACAACAAGUGGAGAAUCUAAAACAGAUAUAAAAUCAUCAUCAAAUUUAACAACCGAUGGGGAUAAAAAUUACAAUGAUGAUUGUUGUCGUCCAGCACCAUUGUUACGAUCAAAAACAUUGCCAUCAAUAAUUGUACCUGGUUUGAGUAUAUUACAAAAACAGCUUGAUGCUCGGUACACUGUUAAUGAUACAGCUGGCACAACGGACAUCAUCAAUCGGCUAUCCAUCAACACCAUCACCACCAACGACGACAGCACCAGCCUUCAUCAAACAUCAUCAAUCAAGUCCAAUAAAUUUCUUACACCAAGAAUUCUUUUUCCUGAUGAUAAUUAUGCAUCAUCAGGAGAAAGAAGAGUAUCUGAAAGUGGUGUGGAAAUUAGAAAUCGUAAAGGUUUGCAUUGCAGUGAUGACACAAAAUCUCUAUCAUCAUCUGGAAGUUCAACUGGUAAUUCUGGUCAUAAGGUAACAACAUCUCAACCAUUGACACGUCUUGCAAGAUUUUUAAAUCAAAAACCAAGUAUCAUACGACCUGAUGAUAAUUUACGUCGUCUAUCUUGGGAAAAACGUGAUGAAAAUAAAAAUAAUAAAAUUGAAUUAACUAAUUCAAUGACGUACAAUGUUCCAAGAAGUACUUCAAUCGAUUCAAUUGCUUAUCUUCAUCAGGAUUGGACAACUGUAUCAUCAAGUAGUCCAAUGUCAGCUCGUAGAUUUUUUGAUUGGAGACGAGGAAGUGGAAAUGAUCUUACAAAUGAUCCAUUAUUUUCACCUGCAUCAUCUAGACAAAGUUUUAGCCCUUGUCCUAGUCCAACACCAAGUCAACUUAGUCAAAAUUUACAAACUCCACUUUUACGAGUACGUAAUUCAUUGACUGAUCGUCCAAGUCUCAUUGUUAGCAGUAACAUUGGUCGAAGAAUUAAAGGUCAUCGAGCCAUCAUUGAAUUGCAGUCAUAUCAAGGAAUGGAUUUUUUGGAAGGAUUAUCAAAAAAAAAACAACAACAAAAUCAUCAUCAUUAUCAUCGUCAUAAUCAAAAUUUUCAACAUCAACAAUAUUUAAAAACAGGAACAAUUAAUCCUCUUACUGCACAAUCCUCCCUCAACAUACAUUUGCAUGCGCUGUUUACUGCAAUUGAGCAUGGUAAUUUAGAAAAAAUUAAAACAAUUUUGGAAACAGCUGAUGUUGAUAUUAACAGUGUUAAUAGUGAUGGAUUGUCACCAUUAGAUAUUGCUGUGUUGUCAAAUAAUAAAGCAUUGAUUAAAAUAUUAAUUGCACAUGGAUCACAAGAAGGAAAUGAAUAUAAAACAACAGAGUGUUUAGGUAGUCAUUUGAGAUCUAUGCUAUUAUCAGUGGAACAAAGACUUGGUGAAAUGGGUGGAAAUAGUAAUAAUGGAACAUUAGGUACAAGUGGAGCAUUAUUUUUAGAUGCUGGAAGUACAAGAGCAAGUUUUUCAGCAGCUCAUAAUAAUUUAACUGGAUGUGGUGGUAAUGCUGAAGAAAAACAAGUUGCACUUUGGGAACGAAGAAUUGGUACAUUAAGAAAACUCGUUAAAAGUUUCGAUCAAACAAAACCACCUGAUGUUCCAUUGUGUGUUAAUAUAAGUGUUAUUGGUAGUAAAUCAGUAAUGAUUGAAUUACAAGAUACUGAAAAUGAUGAAUCAUAUGCAUGUACAAAAUUUAAAAUACAAUGGAGUUUUGAUGAUGAUUUUUCAAUAAUUGCUGGUGAAAAACAAGUUCUUAAUAUGAAAAAAAAAGAAUGUCAAAUUGAUGGUCUUAUACAAGGAAAAAAAUAUUAUUUUCGAGCAUGUUGUGGUAAUUUAAAAGGUUACAGUCAAUUUUUAUUAUCAAGUCCACCAUAUGUUGUACCAAGUAGUUGGCGUGAUAUUGAUGGACAAUUACCAAGAUUUAGUGGUCGUCUUGAACAACUUGAUGAGCUAUUUAAUGAUAUUAAAAGACCAGAAUAUUCACAAGAUACACCAGCUCUACAACGACGUAAUCAUAAAAAGAAAACAACAAUUAAACAAUUAUUUACAGCAACAAGUAAAUUUCAAAAAAUUUUACGUCGUGGUGUUUAUUUAACUUGUCUUAUUUAUCAUGAAGAUAAAGUACUUGUUACAAAUGAAGAUUUUUUACCAGUUAUUGAAGUUGAUGAAACUUAUCCAAGUUGUAUAUACAAUGAUUUUCAUUGGUUAAUGAAAGUAUCAUGUACAUGGGAUGAUAUUAAAAUACUUAAACAAGAUAUGGAAAGAAGUAAUGGUAGUCCAGCAAAUCAUUUUCGUCUUAAAUUAUUACAAGCAGCAGCACAAAUGCAAACAGCAUUAUGUAUACAAGAUUUAGGACAAGUAUAUUAUAAACCAAUAAGAGAUAUUCAAGGUACACUUGUAUUUUCAACAAUAAAUUAUAUUAAAUCACCAAAAUUAGUAUCAGUACUUAAUAGUAGAUGGUUACCAUUAAAUAAAGUUAUGAAAAAAUUAGUAAUACAUGAAGAUAGUAAUGUUGCUGAUAUAUUAAUGGCAAGUAUACAAGAUCAAAUGACGUAUCAUCAAUUAAGUAGUAUUAAAUUAACAAAAGGUCUUUAUUUGGGUUAUUUAAAAAUGCAAAGUAGUGUUGAUUUAAUACAAGUUGUUGUACCAACAAAAGCACCAAAUUCAUUACCACAUUUUAAAAUACGUGAUAAUUGUCAUGUAUCAGCUGAAGAAUGGGAUUAUUUAAAAAAAAUUAAAAUUAAUUUUAAUGAAUUAACAAAUGAUUAUCAUGAUAAUGAAAUAAAUAAUAAUAAUAAAGAUGAAAUAAUUGAUAAUAAUAGAUAUAAAUAUGCAAAUGAACAACAACGUUUAUUUAUUGAUAAUGUUGCAUCAACAGCAAGAAGAUUAUUUUCAUAUAUGGAAAUAAAUAAUGAUGAAUCACUUAAUCAUCGAUUAUAUGAUGCUGAAGUUAUUGAAUUAUCAGAUGAAGUAUCAUUUUUAAUAAUUGUACCACCAGCUGAAACAGCAUGUUCUGUACCAGGUACAAGAGAAAUUUUAUUACAACGUGGUGAUUUAUUAUCAUUACCAAUUCAAGUAUUUGAAAUGGUACAUUUAUUAGCAUAUCAAAAAAAUGUUAUACAACGUUAUUCAAGAUUAAGUUGUAUACUUGAAUUAGAUACAAUACAUGCACAACAUAAUCAUCGUGAAGCAUUUAGUACAAUUGAAUUAACUGAAGCUAAAAAUAAAUUAGCUAAACUUGAAAAAUUUCAAACACAAAUGAAUACAAUAUGGAAAGGUGCAAGAUGGCUUAUUGAUGUUAUAACAUUUGCUAGAGAUAGACAAACAACAUCUGGUAUAUCAAUUAAAUAUUUAUUAAAUAUUGAAAGAAAUAAUAAAACAAAUGGACUUAAAAGAACUUUACUUCAAUUACCAUCACGUGAUACAAAAGUUGUUAAAUCAAGUCCUGGUCGUGGUAGUUGGCCAGGUCCAAAUAUUAGCAUUAAUAAUAAUAACAAUAAUAACAACAAUAAUAAUAUUAUUAAUUCAGGAAAAAAAAAUUUAUUAAUAACUGAAUUUAGUAAAAGUGAACAACACUUGACAACUGAUAUAUUAACAAAUGAUUGUCGUUCAAGAAAAGCAAGUGAUACAUCAAAUUUUUCAACUGGUUCUGAGCCAACAAAACCAACAUCAUUAUAUAUUGAUGAUGACGAUGAUGAUGAUGUUGAUAAUAAUGAUCCUGGAUCAUUAAUAAAACAUUCAUCUAUAAUGCCACCAUCAAAAUCUGAAGAUACAUUAUUAAUUAAUAAAUAUAGUAAUUCAUCAUCAAUAAAUACUGCUGGUGUUACUAGUGGAUUAUCAUUAUCAGCAUCAACUAGUCCACAAUUUUAUGUAAAACCUCUUGUAUAUGGUAAUGCAUUAUUAAGUGAUUCAGAUUCAUUACAAUCAGUUAAUAGUGAUGAAAUUAGUGGUGGUAGUAAUUUACAUCAACAUUUAACUGGUACAAAUAAAAAAAAAAUAAAAGAUAAAACAUUAAAAAUAAAAAGUAAAAAACCAACAGCAAGUGUUGCUGCAAUGGCAAGUAAUUUAUUAUUAUCAUCAACAUCAACAUCAUCAUUACCACCAAUGAAUACACAUAUUGAUGAUGUUAAAGAUCAAAUGGCAUCGUCAACGUCAACGUCAACAACAACAACAAUGCCAGCUCCAAUGCCUGGUAUAUUACAAGUAUUUGCGGCCUAUGAUACAGGUUUAGCAGCAGGAACAAGUUUAAAACUUCAUGUUACACCACGUACAACAGCACGUGAAGUUGUUGAUCUUGUUGUUAAACAGCUCAAUAUGGCUGUUGUACUUAAAGGACAAGAAGGACCAAUUUAUACAGCUGAUGAAUUGCCUAAUUUUUGUUUAGUUGCAGUUAUUGGUGCUCGUGAACGUUGUUUACGAGAUGAUUUUAAACCAUUACAAUUACAAAAUCCAUGGAAAAAAGGGCGUCUUUAUGUCAGACUGAAGCAAGAUGUUCUUGCUGCACUUGAACAUAGUAGUAAACUUACGGCUUAUCUUUAAUUUACAAUUAUUAAUAUUUAAAAAGAUAAUAAAAAACACUCAAUAAUUCCAUUACAAUAUUUUACCAAGUCAAUAUGUAUUUUUAAAAUUAUUUUAUGAUUUUUCUUUUAUGUUUUUUUUUUAUCAAUUAAUUAUAUAGACAUAGAAAAAUAAGUUAUAAUAUUUUUUCAUUAUUAAGAAUAAAAUAUUAUUGCAAUGUUGCUGAGAUAUUAUACAGCAACAAUUUAAUAGACUGCUAUAGAUUAAAUUAAUUAUUAGAUAUGUUUUAUAGUUGUAUAAAAAAAAUUAAUAAAUAAUUGAAAGUAACACCAUUGAAAAUAUUAAAAACAUCGAAAAAUAUAUAAGUGAUUGAAAUUAAAAUAUAAAAAAAAAAAACACCAUUAAAUAUUUGAGAUGUUUAAAAAAUUAAUUAAUAAAUUAACCAAGUGUCCAUAUAAAUUUUAAUACUUACUAAUGGAAUUAACAAGUGUUAAAGAAAAAAUAAAAAACUUAUGAUUUAUUUAUUUUAAUAUGAGUAUAAUUUACAAUUAACAGUGAAAAAAAUUAAAUAGAAAAUAUUAAAAAUGUAAAUUAGAUGAUUUUUAUUUAUUAAAAUUAUUAUUUUAUAUUUUUCUUUAUAAUUAUAAACAAUAUAGAUUAUUAAUAGUUCAAUUAUCCACGUAUUUGUGGUAAAAUAAAUUAACAAAUAAAAACACCACCCCAUUAAUGUGUGAUUAUAUAUAAAAGGCUGCUUUUGUCUUUAUCAAUGUAAAAUUUAAGAUAGUAUUUAAAAAACCUUUUUUUUUUUUAGACCAAUAGAUCAACGAAUAAUAAUAAUAUUAAUAAAACAAAAAACACCAAUAAUAACACCAUUAAAUAAAUGUAAAAUUAAUUUUUAAUUUAAAAAAAAAAAAACCAAUUAAUUGAUAUUAAUAAAUUUUAUGAAUUAUAUAUGUAACUAUAAAUAUAUACACAAACAAAAGUAUCAAUUGUUUAAAAAAUUACAAUAAUAAUAACAAUAAUAUUAAUGAUAAUAAUAAGAUGAAAAAACAUUGUUGUUAUUUGUUAUUAUUUUAAAGAAUAAAAAAACAUGUAAGAUUUUAUUGAAAAUAAUUAUAUGCUGUUGUUUUAAAUAUUUAUUUUAUUUAAAAAAAAAAAAUAGAUGUAUUUAUUAGAGAUAAAAAAAAAAAGCUAUAUGAAUAUUAGAGAAAGUAAACCAUGAUAGGGAAAUGAGUAAAUUAAAUUUUAAAGAGGCUAACGAUGUUAUUCAGUUAUAAAAUGUGAUGAAUAAAUUUUUUUAUUUUUGAUUAGGAAAUUGUGUUUAAAAGGUAAUACAAUUAAUUUGCUUGGAAUUAACGAUUUGACAUUAAUUAAUACAUUUGGAAUAUUGGAAUUAUUUAAACUGCAUUAAUUUGUUAUUUAUUAAUAAAAAAUUUUAAUGAAAUUUAAUAUACAAAAAGAUUUUUUAAAGACAAACACUUGAUCCCUCAAAAAAAUAUCAAAUACAUUUACAUGAUUGUUCAAAAAAAAAGAAACACGAAAAUUUUAACACAAAAAUAUAAAUAAAAAACUCAAAAAUAAUAUUAAAAUUUACCAAAAGAAAUAUAAUAAUAAUACAAGUAUGUAAUUAAAAUAAAAAAUAUACAAAAAUAAAAUAUUUUUUAAGUUUAAAUUAAUUUUUUUUUUAUAUAUUAUAAUGUUAUUUGAUUAUUCAAAUAAAAUAUUUGAAUAAAUAAUAGAAAUGAUGGGUGUAAAAGUAUAUAGUGUGUAUAAUAUUUAAGAGUAUAUAUUAUUAAAUGAUAUGUGUGUACGUAGAUAUAUUUAAAUGAGAUGUAUAAUGCUCACAAGAACGUCGUAUCAUCAGGAGGCUCAGGGCACCGACCUACACCUGUUUUACAUAUACAUACAAUUUCAACCGGUAACAGUAAAAAAAAAAAUAAUCUUGAAAGAAUCAAGUAAAGAAAAAAAAAAAUA